GCAGCCAUUGCUCCCUUUUGCGUGUCCUGAGUUUGAGUAUACCUGCAAUCGCACGCACCCAGGCCGGCCCUGAACGUCCCGAUCCCUGAACCUCCCUGCAGCCAAGGGUCAAAUGAGUUGUCUUACACGAUUAGAAACUCAAGGCAGCACUUACGAAACUAAAAGCCAGGGAAGUGGAUGAAUAAAAGAUGCCAUCGAAACAGAGAAAAUCCACAGCUGCAGAAGAAACCGAAGAGGUCGAUGACGAAGUGGAGGAAAGGGAGCCAAAGUUAAAAGAGAGGAGCAAUGGAGUGACCCGUGGGGACACCACAAAAGGAGAGAAGAGUCGGAAGAAAGACGAGAGCGCUGAGAGCUCCGAGAACCAGGAGGCCCCAGAGAAAGAGAAGAAGACAAAAGAGAGGGAAAAGGUAAAAGAGAAAAAGAAGAAAAAGAAACCGGAUUAUGAUGCCGAAACUGAUGCAGUGAUUGAAAAUGAAGCAGAGGAGGGCGAGCAGAACAAUAAUGAACCCAAGACCAAUUCCAAGAAGGAGAAAUCAGAGAAGCUCAAAGAGGAAGUGACUGACGGAGCGAAGGAGGAGAAGAAGAAAAAGAAGAAGAAAUCCUCCACAGAGAGUCCAGAGGGAGAGGAGGGGAUGGGAUCCAAGGAUAAGUCAAAAGAUGGCAAGAAGAAGAAGAAGUCUCACAAUGACGAUGAUGAGGAGCCCCUGACCGAGGAAGAGGAGGAGGACUCAAAGAAAAAGAAAAAGAAGAAGGGGAAGAAGGGAUCGGCGGACAGCGAUGAAGAUAAGAAGAAAAAGGGGAAAAAAUCCAAAAAUAAACAGAUCGACUACGCAGUGAUCUACCAGAAAGAGCUGCUGGAAUACAACACGGACGUAUCUGAUGGAUAUGAGGAUGAGUACUACAAAAAAAAAGUGUAUGAAGUGGUCACUAUCACCGGUGAAGUAAAGGGAGCCGGCACAGAUGCUAAUGUGUUUGUUACCCUUUUUGGAGAGUUGGGCGUCACGCCUAAGGUUCACCUGGCGAGCAAAAGCCGAACUGCAUUUGAGAAGAAUAAAACCGAUGUUUUCCGCAUCAAAACGUACAACGUGGGGCCUCUGAAGAAGAUCAGGAUCGAGCACGACAACACAGGCAUGAACCCCGGGUGGUACUUGGACCGGGUUGUGGUGACCGACAUGUACCGUCCCCAUCUGCGCUACUAUUUCGCCUGCAACAACUGGCUGAGUCGGGAGGUGGGUGACAAGCUGUUUGUCCGGGACCUGCUGGCCAGCAAGAACCCCUUGGAUGUCCCAAAAUAUAAUAAAUACAUUGUGACCGUUUACACCCCCGACGUAAAGGGAUGUGGGACUGAUGCUGACGUCUUCCUGAACAUCUUUGGAGAAUACGGUGACUCGGCGGAGAGACGACUGGAUAGUGACAAAGACAACUUCGAACGUAACUCAGCAGACAAGUUCACGGUAGAUGCUCCAAACCUGGGAAGUCUGAAAAAAAUCACCAUCGGCCACAACAACAAAGGCUCAUCAGCUGGAUGGCUUCUAGACAAGGUUACAAUCGAAGACAUAGGAAAUAAAGAAAUGUAUGAGUUUCCAGUUAAUCGCUGGUUGUCCAUGGAUGAGUCUGAUGGGAAAAUACAGAGAGAUGUGUUGGUUGGAUCGGUGCAGCCAAUGGGAGUCAUAUACCAUAUACGAGUGAUGACUGGAGAUAUCAGGGGUGCAGGCACCGACUCUAAGAUCCACCUGGUCAUGCACGGCUCCAAGGGUAUAAAGAACAGUGGCAAACUCUUCCUGGAGGGUGGUCUUUUCGAGCGCGCUCUCAUCGACAUUUUCAGCGUGGAGAUCUUUGAACUGAUCGGCCCGAUCAGCAGGGUCACCAUCGGGCACGACAACGCUGCCGUUGGCGCCGGAUGGUACUGUGAGAAGGUGGUGAUAUACUGUCCGUUCACGGGCCUUGAGCAGACAUUUCCGUGCGGUAGGUGGCUGGAUGAGGAUGAAGGGGAUGGACUGAUUGAGAGGGAGAUGUGCGAGAUGGUGUCUCUCAGGCAGAUGAGGACGAAGAAGUACCCAUGGUCCCUGUGGAUUUGGACAUCAGAUGUGAAGGGAGCGGGGACAGAUGCUCAGGUAUUUGUGCAGGUCUACGGAGAGAAGGCCGUGUCCGAUGAGUUCAAAUUGGAAAACAAGUCUGAUAGUUUUGAACAGGCCCAGCUUGAUAAAUUCCUGAUUGAAAUGCCAGACAUAGGACGGGUGCGGAAACUACGCAUCUGGCAUGAGAAGAGAAAUCCAUUUUCUGGCUGGCAUUUGGGGAGGGUCACUUUGCUUAAGACCCUGACCAUGGAGAAAUAUUCUUUCCAAUGUGGCCGCUGGCUGGACGUCAAUGAAGAUGACAACGAGAUCAUCAGAGAGCUUCCGGCUACCGGAGCACUCAUCGAUGAGCCGCUUCCCCUGAUAAAGUAUCUUGCCACCAUCUGCACCGGGGAGGUCAGCGGCAGUGGCACCGACGCCACCGUCUUCCUCAAUAUAAUCGGUGACCUGGGUGACACAGGGAACCGUGACAUGAUUAUCAGCAGAAACAAUGUCAACAAAUUUGAAAGUGGCAACCACGAUGAGUUUAUCAUCGAGGCUGUGACCGUCGGCAAGGUACAAAGAGUGCGCGUCGGCCAUGAUGGCCGCGGUGGAGGCUGCGGUUGGUACCUUGACAAGGUGAUGGUCAGGGAGGAGGGCCAGCCGGAGAGUAUGGCCAUCGUGUUCCCCUGUGACAGGUGGUUGGAUCGUAACGAGGACGAUGGACAGAUUUCCCGCGAGUUGGUUCCAGAUGGAGACGGCCUGCGUCUCUAUAAUGUCAGCUACCAUAUCGCAAUAGUGACGGGCAACAUUAAUGGAGCCAGCUCAGACUCCAGGGUGUUUGUCAAGCUGUAUGGGGAGAAGUGUGAUACUACCAAGACGACACUGGCAGUGUCCGAGAAUGACCUCAGGGACUACUUUGAGACUGGACGCACAGACAUCUUCAUCUUAGACACCUUUGACGUUGGAAAGAUCAACCGCCUCCUGAUCGGUCACCAUAACGAGGGCCUGCGGGCUAGAUGGUUUCUGGACAGUGUGCGGAUCUCUGUACCGGUUCAUGGGCUAGAGUACAUGUUCCCAAGCCACCGCUGGCUCAGCCAAUACGACUCUGAUGGGAGGGUGGAGGCUGAGAUCUAUCCCAGUGAGAUCUUGGAAAUCGAAAAAUUGAUCAACUAUGAAGUAGCAGUGGUGACAGGGAACGUUCUGACAGGUGGCACCGAUGCAAAUGUCUUCUGUCAGAUGUACGGAGAUGAAGGGAAAACUGAAGUCCUCCAACUUGUGACUCGUUCCGACAACUAUGAACGUGGCACCACUGAGAUCAUCAGGAUCGAGGCUCAUGACGUUGGUAAGAUCUACAAGAUACGUAUCUUCCACGACGGGAGGGGUGUCGGAAGCGGCUGGUUCCUGGAGACGGUGAGCAUCAAGCGGCUGAAGAUGACUUUGGUGAAAACUGAGGUGAAGAAGGAGGAGAAGGAGACCAAGAAAGACAAGAAGAAGGACAAGAAAAAGAAGAAGAAAGAAGAGGAGGUGGAGAUAAUUGAAGAGCUGAAGGAACUGGUGGUGACAUAUACUUUUCCUUGUAACCGCUGGCUGGCCAGGGAUGAGGGGGAUGGAGAGAUUGUGGUGGAGCUGCUGACUGAGGGGGAGGAAGAGCUGGAGAUGAACACCUAUGAGGUCCAUGUGUUCACCGGGACUAUGUUCGGGGCGGGGACUGAUGCCAACGUUUACGUCAACAUCUAUGGAGAGAUCGGAGACACGGGGGAGCGACGGCUCAGGAAGUCGAACAACCUGAACAAAUUUGAGAAAGGCAAAGAGGACGUUUUCACCAUCUCGGCGGUCGACCUGGGGACCUUGAAGAAACUGAGGAUCCGACAUGACAACAGCCAGGCCGGCGCCGGCUGGUUUUUAGACAGAGUGGAAAUUAUAGACAACAAAGAUGACACCACGUACUUUUUCCCUUGUAAACGUUGGCUGGCUGUCGAUGAGGAUGAUAGACAGCUUGCCAGGGAGCUGGUUCCUGUGGACGAGGCCUUCAUGAGGAAAGAGGACGAUGACGAAGACUCUGAAACCACACUUGGACUGGAACAAAAAUCCAUGUCAACAACAUACAACGUUAGGAUAAGAACCGGUGACAAAGAGUAUGCAGGAACUGAUGCUAAUGUCUUUAUGACGCUGUUCGGCACCAAGGAUGACACAGGGAAAAUUAGCCUGAAGGGUUCGAAGACUCAUAAGAAUAAGUUUGAGCAGGGUAUGAUCGAUGAGUUCACGGUGGAAGCUGUGGACAUUGGACCACUGAGGAAAGUGCGCAUCGGUCACGACAACCAUGGUGGAGCAUCAGGCUGGUUCGUUGACUGGGUGGAGAUUGAUGCUCCGUCUCUUGGACAGAAGCUGCGCUUCCCCUGCGGUCGCUGGUUGGAUAAAGGAGAGGAUGACGGAGCCAUCGUCCGAGACCUUUUCGCUAAUCCUCUUCAGACGGAGCUGUACACACCAUUUGUUCCCUAUGAGAUUAAAAUCUUCACGAGCGACCUGUUUGGAGCUGGCACAGAUGCAGAUGUCUUCAUCACCCUGUACGGGCGAGAUGCAGUGUGCACCCAGCAGAAGUUUCUGUGUUUCAACAAGAGGGAGAGGAGGAUGUACUUUGAGAGAGGAGCUGAAGACAUGUUUAUCGUGGAGCUAGAAGAUGUGGGUGAUGUAAUGGAGAAGAUCCGUAUCGGCCAUGACAACCGUGGGGUCAACCCAGGCUGGCACCUGGACAGAGUGGAGAUCAGACGCCUGCUCGGGAAGGGAAAGGGUUCAGAGACUACCAUCUUCCCAUGUGAGCGCUGGCUCGCCAAGUCGGAGGAUGAUGGAGAAACAGUGAGAGAGCUGGUACCCUCUGACAUUAUCACUGAGAAACUUUCACGAGACGGAAACCUGAAAGUGACUGAAAUCGAAGUGGAAGAUGCCCUGGAGACUCACACAUACCAAGUGUCAGUGAUGACAGGCGACGUGUACGGAGCUGGCACCGACGCCAACGUCUUCCUCACAAUUUACGGGGACCAGGGGGACACUGGAGAGAGGAAACUGAGCAAGUCUGAGACGAACAGCAACAAAUUUGAACGGGGAUCUGUGGAUAAAUUCACUUUAGAGGCGGUUGACCUCGGAAUAGUUUUCAAGAUUAAAAUUCGCCAUGAUAACAGUAUGAUAAGUCCUGACUGGUACUUGGACCAGGUGGAGGUGUAUGACGAGGAUACGGAGGAGGUCUUUCUCUUCUUAUGUGAACGUUGGCUGUCCAGGAAGAAGGAGGACCAGCGCAUUGAGAGAGUCUUCUAUGUCAAGGGUUAUGAAGGAGUUCGAGAGGGCCUAAACAGUAAAAAGAACUCGGCCCUGACGGUGAAGAGCGUCGACAGUAACAUGAACAAGAAGAGCAAAAAGAAGGAGGAAGAAGAAACCGAGCUGCCGAUCAUACCAUACCAUAUCACCAUCUGCACCGGACUGGAGCGCGAUGCUAGCACUACCAGCAGGGCUUAUGUGAUCAUAAUCGGGGCCGAUCAAACCCAGACAGAGAGGUUGUGGCUGGACCUGCCGGACGAGACGCAGGGCUUUAUGGCCGGCUCUCUUGAGAACUUUCAGUCCUACGGUGUAGACGUGGGGGAGAUCAAAAAGGUCGAGCUCGGCCAUGAUGGGGCCACUCCUGAGAGCUGCUGGCUGGUUGAUGAGCUGGCUGUUGCUGUGCCAACCAAAGGGGUCAAAUAUACUUUCGCUUGCAAGUGCUGGCUGGCCAAAGAUCGAGGAGAUGGUUUGACGUCUAUAUUUUUAAACAUACUGGAUGCAGAGGCCAUUUCUAUUACCCAGAAGGUUAUCUACGAGGUGACCGUAGUGACAGGCGACGUGCAGAACGCGGGAACGGACACCCUGAUCUACAUGACUGUGUUUGGAGUCAACGGCAGCACAGAGGAGAUGCUGCUGCAGAAGGAUGAGGACAGGUUUGAGCGCGGUCAGGAGGACACUUUCAACAUGGAGAUUGAUGACAUUGCCCCACUGAGGAAAAUGAGGCUUCGUAUUGAUGGCUCGGGCAGUCGUCCUGACUGGUUUCUGGAUCAGGUUAUCUUGCGUAACCUGGCCACAGAGGAGGUGUCUGUGUUCACCUACGAGGACUGGCUGUCCAAGACACUUGGACCCAAGGGAAGCAUGAUCUGCGAGAUGGCUGCUAUGGUAGACGAGGAGUUGAUGGUGGAGCCCACCACCUAUAUCAUCCAGGUCAAGACCGGUGACCAUGCAGGGGCAGGCACUGAUGCCAACGUGUGGAUCAUCAUAUUCGGAGAGAACGGCGACUCUGGGACGCUGGCGUUGAAAGAGUCCACCAAGUCCAACAAGUUUGAGCGCAAGCAGAUGGACACGUUCCGGUUCACGGACAUCCUCAGCCUGGGAGAUCUCUCCAAAGUACGGGUCUGGCACGACAACACAGGUCCUGCUCCAGGAUGGCAUUUGGAGUAUAUUGAUGUGAAGGAUGAGCUCUUGGACAAACCAUUUCGUUUCCCAUGUGAUCGCUGGCUUGCCAAGAACGCUGAUGACGGACAAAUAAUGAUUGAACUGCCAUGUUCUAACAACGCCUUCUUAGACCUCGACGAGAAGACGAAGUACGAAAUUUGUAUCACAACUGGAGAAGCUGAAACCAAAGAAAAUGCCUGGAUUGUACUUGAGGGGAGGAAGGGUCGAUCAAAGGAAUUUGUAAUGGAGAACUCAAAGAAGAAGAGGUUCUUGCGGGGAAAUGUGGACAGGUUCGAGUUUUCGUCCAAGAACCUCGGUGAUAUCGCUGGUAUCUGCCUGGGCCACACACCCAAGGAUGGAAAGAAAGUAAAGGGGGAGGUUUUAUGGCAUGUGGAGGAGGUCGUCAUCACUGAAAAGGAACUGGAAAACAAGUACAUCUUCAUUUGCAACGCCCACAUCCCUCUCUCUCCAAAGAGGGACGAUUACUUGACCUUCGAGUGCACAAAGACCAUCGAGAGCUUUGUCAGUAAAGCUCGAAGCCUGGUGCCCAUCAAGUACGAGAUCAUCGUCAUCACGGGCGAUCAGAAAGGAGCGGGUACAGAUGCCAAUGUCUUCAUCACUGUCUACGGCACCAAUGGAGAGUCAGGCCGUCGGCAGCUGCGGCAGAGUUUUCGUAACCUCUUCGAGCGCGACCAGACGGACCGUUUUAUGCUGGAAAUGCUGGACAUGGGAGAGCUGCACAAAAUCCGGAUGGAGCACGACAACUCCGGUCUGAGCCCCGGCUGGCUGCUGGAUCGCGUGGAAGUCACUAACACAUCCAAUGGUGUCACCACCGUCUUCAUCUGUGGGAAGUGGCUGGACAAGAACAAGGCUGACGGGCAGAUCGCCAGGGUCAUCUACACGAAAUAUUAGAAAAAGUAUUAUUUAUAAAAACAGCAGCGUAAUGACCAAAGAGAUUCUGCUCUGGCAAGUUUUAUAUCUCAGGAACUGAGACAGAUUUUUACAUUCAUAGUUGUUUUUUUAUGAUAUUAUAGUUCAAUAUUUAAUACUACCUGAGAAUAUGGCCUGCAAUGAAAUACUGUGACAAUAUGUUCUUAGGUCAGAAGACUGAAUGUGCCAUUCUUUAUAAAUUUCAUAUGUCAGUGAUGGUAUGCUCAGUUGCUUUGUUAUAACGGAGGUUUUGUAAAAGAUUAAACUCUUUUGUGAU